CAAAUCGAUGACCUGCCCGGACCCGAAACCUAUCUUCCUUCUUCUCUGCCUCGCGCGAUUCACUUCGUUCGUGACGUCGUCUUCUACAAGCUACGAGUGCAUCCUGUAUUCGGUUUAUGAAAUAGAUAAAGAUGGGCAGAAAAGCCGGAACCUUGUACAUCAAUCCAAAGAAAUUUGGGAAUCUUCAAAAACCUUGUGUAAGAGAGAUGGUUUCAUUUCUCCAGUGUUUGACUCUUAGCCAAAACAGCGACGCGAGAUGCAGCCGGCAAAAGUCACUUCUGAGUGCCUGCAUGGAUGCUCAGACUGGCAACAAACGAAAGCCUUGGGGCAGCAUCAACUAUCAUCUUCAGAGGCUUAAUCGCGGAGGCAAGUAAUGCCCUAAUCCUUACUUUUAUCGAACUUGUGCCUAUUCGAGAAUUUAUGAUGAUUUUUUGAAGAGGAUUUCCUGAGAUCAUUGCAAUGUAGAGACAAACUACUUCAUUAAACACAAGAGAUGUCUGGAUUUGAGCUUGUUUUCUCUUAGUUAUUGUUCUUUUAA